GUUUCAGUUUUACAGACCUUGGUUAUAAAAUGGAUGUAAGUGUUGAUGAUGUUGGGAAUGGAAAAACUGGUGAUUCCUUCUGUCUGCCAUCUUUUCAUUCGAGUGGAUUAAGCACUACCUUAGAACUUGAUGAUGAGGAAGAUGGGGAAGAUACAGCUUUGGAAUGUGAAGGUGACUUGGAAGUAAAUCCUUAUGAUGGCUUACCUUUCUCUUCUCGUUAUUAUGAACUUUUAAAGUUGAGGAAAGAACUGCCUGUUUGGGGAGUAAAGUACAGGUUUAUGGAAAGCUUACAGAGCAGCAGUGUUGUGCUGGUAACAGGUGAACCAGGCGGUGGCAGAAGCACUCAGAUCCCUCAGUGGUGUGCGGAGUAUGCAUUGUCUGUUCAGUACAUAAAUGGACUAGUAGCAUGCAGCCAGCCACACAGCAUUGCUGCUGUGAGCCUGGCUUUGUGUGUAGCAGAUGAGAUGGACUUGAACCUUGGCCAUGAGAUUGGCUACUCUGUCCCUUAUGAAGACUGCUGCACUCCAGAAACCAUUCUCAGGUAUUGCACAGAUGAAAUGCUGCUAAACGAAAUGAUGUCAGAUCCACUCUUACGUCAGUAUGGUGUUAUAAUACUAGAUGAGGCACAUGAACGAACUGUAGCAACAGAUGUUUUACUUGGUUUACUGAAGGAUGUGCUUAAGCAGAGAGAGGAACUGAAAAUUGUGGUCAUCAUAGCACCAUCCCUAGCAGAGAGACUGCACCAGUUUUAUGGUGAUGUGCCUUUGGUUCAUAUUACAGAGCCACAAGAAGAUUUGCUUCCUGUGGAAGUAAUUUAUAGGGAUAUCCAGUCACGGGAUCGUGUUUCAUCUGCAUGUCAGAUGGUAUUAGAUAUACACCGAAAAGGAGAUCAGGGUGAUAUAUUGGUGUUCCUAGCCAAUGAAAAGGAAAUCCAUGACUGUUGUGAUGCUGUCAAGACAGAAGGAGUUGCACUGAACCCUCUUCUAGGGGAGUUGACUCCCAUUCCGUUGCACUCUGGGAUGGGAGGUGCUGUUCAGAAAAUCUACGAAGCAUUUGAGCCCGGAGAGAAAGGGUAUCGACGGAAAGUAAUAAUUUCUAAUUCUCUAGCUGAUUCUUCGUUCUCUGUUGGCAAUAUCCAGUAUGUUAUUGAUACAGGAUUUGAACAGAAAAAUGUUUAUAAUCCCCGAAUUAGAGCAGACUCUCAGGUAUAUCGAGCAAUCAGUAAGAGUCAGGCAGAAUUACGGAAGAAUCGUGUUGCACAUGCUAAAUCAGGUAUGUGCUUUCGUUUGUAUUCUGAAGCCUUUUAUCAAGAAAUGCCAGAUUACUGUCCUCCACGAGUGUCUGAAGCAAAUCUUAGCCAUCUUGUCCUUUUGCUCAAAAGACUGGAUAUAGCUGAUAUGGGACAAUGCGACUUCUUGGAUAGACCAGCUCCAGAAGCCCUUAUGCAAGCCUUGGAAGACCUUGAUUAUCUUGCUGCCUUAGAUGAUGAUGGUAAUCUCUCAGAAGUCGGAAUCAUAAUGUCAGAGUUUCCCGUGGAUCCACAGCUUGCCAAGGCUCUCAUUGCAUCUUGCGAGUUUGACUGUGUGGAUGAGAUGCUCACUCUUGUAGCUAUGCUGACAGCGCCUCACUGCUUUAUAAUUCCACCUCCUCGUUCAGAAGAGGCUGCAGCCACUCAUAGAAGAGUCUUUCUGCAUUCUGAUGGUGAUCACUUCACGCUCAUCAAUGUCUUCAAUUCUUUCAAACUGCAUGACGACGAAAACUGGUGUAUAAAAAACUUCUUGAGUUACCCUGCUCUGAGGCUUGCAAAUGUUAUUCGUUUGGAACUGCUAGAAAUCAUGCAGAGGAUAGAGCUGCCCAUUUCACCACCUGCAUUUGGGACAGAAGAAAACCUGCUCAAUAUAAAGAGAGCACUGAUUUCUGGCUGCUUCCUUAAGGUUGCUAGGGAUGUUGACGGCUCUGGAAAUUACCUAAUGCUAAUUCACAAACAUGUGGCCCACCUUCACCCAUUUUCAUGUUACUUGACAAGAAGGCCUCAACCCCGUCCACCAUCCUGGGUUCUGUACCAUGAGUUUACAAUUUCUCAGAAUAACUGCAUCAGUGUGGUCUCUGAAAUCAGCCCUGACAUGUUAGUUGAAUUUGCCCCACAGUACUAUCUUAGCAACCUUCCAUUCAGUGAAAGCAGAGACUUUUUAAUGGAACUGCGAGGGAAAUUACUGGCAGCUGAGGGACACCUGCAAAAUGAAGUGCAUGAGCAAGUUGGAGAAUCUCAGAAUGGUGAGAAGAAUGCUGCUGGACAACGGAAUGAGGAACUCUGUUUAUUACAGUGAUGGAGGCAAUUUCUCAGGGGCACACUUGAUCUGGGCUGCAUUGUGAUGUGGCCCAGUGCUGCUGGAUAUAAUAUUGUGGCCUAGCAUUUACUGCUUCACUUGUAAGUUGUGGCUUUGUUCACAGUGGCAGAUAACUGUACUUUGCACUGUGCACCUGAAUAUUUAGGUUUAAGCAGAACUGAACUUUUAACCUAAAAAAAAAGAACACUAAAGCCCAUUUCUUAGCAGAUGGUUUGGAUGACCUACAGAAGCUAUUUCUACAUAAUCCAUGGACAUUCUGGCUUCUGCUGUUGUGGGUAACAGAAAAUAUUGUGAUAUUAUUGCCUAGUCGACAAUCUGUUAUUUAAUAUAUUUGCAUAUAUUACUUGUAUCCCCUGUUAGUGUUUCUCCUCAACAGUGAAUUAGCCCAUUUGGGAAGAGUCCCUAGCUUCUUUUGAUGUAUUGAUUAGUUUCUUUGUAGACUGCAUCAUAGUAUAUUGCAUGUAGUUACAUUUCACCUGCUGCCUUUUAAACAUUGUGUGGCUUCCACUUUUGAAGAUUGAGCUGAUGUGUAUUCAAGGAGCUGUUCUUAGAAACUUCUCUCCCCCUUUUUUUAUGAUGUGCUUGUGACACAUUUAAAGGAAUGAGUUUGAAAGCAGAAAUGUACCAUGAAUGAAACAUUUCCAGAAAAUACUUCACACCUGUUACAGUAGUGACAAAAGUGUUAAAACUAGUUCUCUUGCAAGUUGAAAUUUUUGGGCUUUUUGAAGCGUUUUUUGAGCAUAGUUGCACUUUUUAUGAGAAAAAAAAUAACUAUAAAAUGUAAAUUUUGUAAGAUACAAGAUAAAUACGUUUCCUCAACUUUUACUGUUGGAUAAAUCUAAAAAUAAAUUAUAUUUUUAUAACAAUAAAGUAAAUGUCAGGAGGGAAGAUACCUAUUUUUUCUCAAUACUCACAUUCAGCACAUGGCAAAAUAAGUGCUUAUACUAACUAAUAUUAUUAAAUAAUAAAUACAUAACAGAGACUAUA